GGGUUUGUUACCCGACCACCAUAAAUUGUAUGUGGGCAAUUUCAUAAUGGUCAGUAAAAGUUCACUUCACCAUUGUUUAUUCUUUGACAAAAGAAUUCUAAAUUUGCUGGAUUUAUGGUGGAGUUAGAAGGCAACUUAUUAGUUCUAUCAAUCUCAAUAAUUUAAUCUUACAAAUUUUAAACUUAAAUUCAAUUAUAAGUACUUCAAGUCGUUAUACAUUUAGUAAUCAUAAAUUUUAAAUCUGUGUUUCAGCUUGACUGUGUUUGCAUUGCUAUAUUUCUAAUAGUAGUAAAGACUCAAAAUGAUAAAAGACUUUAGAGUCAACAUUAGCAGGAGGAUGAGGCCAUCAUAUACCUAAUACCUUCUCCACUCACAAGCCAUUAUAUAUAUGAGGUAAUUUCACACAAACUCAAAACACCAAAAUCACACACACAAAAAAAAAUCAUCUCAAAGACCAUCAUUAAUCUCUCUCCUUGGUUUCAAGACUCAAUAAAAAUGGUGGAGAAGGAGCAAGUCAGACCACUGGCUCCAGCAUCCGAUCGACCGCCGAGCAGCGACGACGACGAAACAACGUUAAACAAAAAAAGGUUUCAUCAAAGAAGAUGCUUCAAAUAUUGUGUUUGUGUAUCUAUCUUUAUUUUCCUUAUAGCCAUAAUACUCAUAAUUUUGUUCUUCACAGUGUUCAAAGUAAAAGAUCCUAUCAUUACAAUGAAUGGUGUCACAGUUGAAAAACUAGACCUCGUUAACACUGGUGGCACCAUUUUACCUAUGCCUAAACCAGGUUCCAACAUGACCAUAAAAGCAGACGUCUCAGUCAAAAAUCCUAAUUUUGCAUCAUUUAGGUAUAGUAACACGACCACCACCAUUUCUUACCACGACACGGUGGUCGGGGAGGCGCGGGGCCCACCGGGGAAAUCUAAGGCAAGGGGGACUACGAGGAUAAACGUAACGAUUGAUAUAAUCACGGACAAGAUUGUGUCACAUCCUGGCUUACAAAAUGAUAUUACUACUGGUUUGCUUACUAUGAAUAGCUACACAAGAGUUGGUGGGAGGGUCAAAUUGUUGAAUAUGAUCAAGAAACAUGUCGUUGUGAAGAUGAAUUGCAGUAUCACUGUGAAUAUUACUAGUCAGUCAAUUCAAGAUCAGAAGUGCAGCAAAAAGGUUAAGCUUUAAUUAGUAUGUUAGUUAGUUUGUUAGUUUGUGUCAUGAUAUACUUGCUACAUCUUUUUUGAGUUUCGUAUAUUUUUGUUGUUCACUAUAAGAUGGUUUUUGGGAUGAUUUAGAUAUUACUAUAUUAAUAACAAUCAUUCUCUAUAACAAUCAAGUUUUUUUA